UUCCCUCGCCCCUCUCCUUCCCCUCCCGGUAAUGGCGGAAGCCCUCCUCAGGCGCGAGAUCGAAGAGAUCAAAACCCUAGCCGAUCGAUCCACGGCUUACGCCGCCCUCCUCCACCUCCAGCGCCUCUCCGCCGACGAUCCCUCCUCCAUGGAAGCCCUUUCCCUCCACUCCCCUUCCCUCAUCCCUCUCGUCCUCUCCGACAUUCAUCGCCAAGACGAAGAGAUAUCCUCCCAGGCUUUGAAGUGCCUCGGAUUCAUGCUGUAUCAUCCGUCAUUGGUUCCUACUGUUUCAGAGGGAGUUGCUCAGUCGGUUCUGGAGUCGCUGGUAAAGCUAAUAAUGACGACUCGGAUGAAGGCUGUUUGCAACUUGGGGAUCUGGUGCAUCUCCAUUCAGCAAUUAGGUGCUGCCUUUGUGGAAUUCAGCAUGGACUUAUUACUGAAGGCUGUUGUCCAUGCCCUCGACAAUCCAUUUGGUUCUUUGUCCACCACGUUUGAGGCAAUGCAGGCUGUGAUGAAAUUGGCUGCUCAGCUUGGUGGACAUAUGAGAGACAUGAGCAACAUUUGGGUUCCACCGGUAUACAGAAGGCUUCUUAGCACUGAUAAGAGGGAGAGGAAUAUGGCAGAGAGAUGCCUCUUGAAGACUAAAUCUAUCAUAUGUCCCCCUCCACUGCUUCUUUCUAAGGCAGUUAUGUUAGAACUUAAGCAAAAACUGCUUCCAAGUAUGAUGGAUGCUGUUCAUGAUCAUCGGCAGAAGGUUCACAUGAUCCAAGCAUGGGGAUGGUAUAUCUGCUUGCUUGGUUCUGAUGCAUUGAGUGAUAGACAUAUGGUCAAUAAAAUGCUCAAAAUCCCUGAGCAGACAUUUAGUGAUCCCGAUCCACAAAUCCAGAUUGCAUCAUUGGUUGCCUGGGAAUGUUUGGUUGAUGCACUCCUCCCACCUCAAAUAAUUGAUCUUUUGAUGAAGACACCUCAAGAUGUGAUUCAACAAAUUGGACCUACACCAUCUGCUUCAUGGAGACAUUGUAACGAUAAGAUCAACUGCCUAUUAAAAAGAAUUAAAGUCAUGAUGAUGCCCUUACAAGGAAUCAUAGCAAGUAAAUGUGACAUAUCUGUUCGUUCAUGCUGCCUGAAGACAUGGCGCUAUCUUCUACAUAAACUCGAUCUCGUUGUUAACCAUCCUUCAAUUUUAGAAACCACCCUUUGGCCGAUUCUUAAAUCAGUAUUUUCCAGGGGACCUGAUCACCAAAGCAUUGGUUUAUGGACCUCAUGUGUUGAUCUGCUUGAUGAGUUGGUCUUGUCAAAAAUAAAGGUUGGAGAAAUGGCCACGACAGCGGAGCAGCAUUCAGAUAAUCUAGUAAAUAAUGGUGCUCUAGCUGGACCAGCCAUAAAUUGUAAAGCCUCAUGGAAGGAUUUUCCAGUCAAAUGGUCACCUUGGGAUAUUAGUAACUUAGACCUCCACCUAGAGAUGAUUGGCACAAUUGUCAGUCCAGAACUAAUGGCGACUCUGACAUCUGAAAAUAGAACUCAGGCUUUCAAUGCUGCCUUAAAGAUCUUCAGAUCAGUAUUGCAGGGUGUUAAAGUUGAACUUAAGAGGCUGUCCACUCAGUAUGAUCGGGUCCAAAUCUGCAUUAAAACUAUUUUUAAGUUCACAAAGGAGGUGUGUGAAACUAUAAAUUUGGAACAAAAUUCUAACCAAUUGUUAUGGAUAGCUCUGGAGUUUGUAAAGGUUAUCAGGGAGGAGCUAGCAACUAAUAUCCUGGCAUCCCCGCUUUACUGGGUCAGCUUAGAUCUCAAGUACAUCCACGAUUUGCAAUGCUCGGAAACUAUUGAUUAUCCAAAUGUAUCAGAUCUUGGAGUGGGAUCUCUUGCUUACAUGGAUAUGAUUUCUCCAAUUGAUUACACAACCAUAUUGUAUCUCUCUGUGAUUGCUCAGUCAGUCCAAGAAAAGUCAGACACUGAUGGUAUUAUACUUGCAAUGCAACACUCCAAUAUUUUAUUCGGUACAGUAAAUCCCCUAAUCAAUUUGCAUGCCAUAGUCUGCUUUCUGAACAUGCACUUAGGAAAGCCUGUGCAUGGUAGGUUAUCCUGGUUGCCAGUAUGGAAAUUCAUUGCAGAGGGCCUGAAGAAGCAUGUUGAUGGUGUUAAUGAUCUUUCUCAAUUGACAACUGAUGGUGCUACUGCUACUUAUGAUGCAGUUUAUUGGUUCUUAUCUUACCCCUUUCUCAUUCUUCUCUUUCCUGAGUUGGUUUUCACCUCUAGAAGUAUUGGUAAACCAUCAGAGAAACAGCUGAUUUCUUCACACAAUGAACUUGAGUUGGAACCUGUGAUUGAAGCAUGGAAGACACUUUUCGGUUCUUAUAGUCUUGCCUAUCAGAUGUUGACUUCUUCCAUGCACAAUUUUACAGAAGGUCUAUGUGAACUUUUGGCAAGAGUGCUUAAUGAGAACAUCAGGAUAUUGCAGGACAGUAUUGAGUCCUUGAAUGCGAAGGCUCAGAAUCUUGUUACUGUUUCUGUAUAUGGUGAAGUAGUCAUACAUAUGUUGAAUCAUAUCCAGCUUUUGAAUGUUGCAACUUCAGAGUCAAAAGUAUCGAACAAAGGCUCUGAUAAUAUUUUGCUAAAAACCAAAGGUUCUGAUCAUCGUAGGCAAUGCAGCUCGAUCAAGAAUAGCUUGGGGCUUGUUGGCAGAUUUUUGGGUUUAUCACUUACAUUUAUGAAUGCAAAUCCACUGGUGGAACACGAAGUUAUGAGUAGGGUUUUCACAACCUUGGCUAGUUUUGUAGGCCAUCUUGUCUUGAAGCAAGAUAUUCUUUCAUUCUUGGAGAUAAUCUCUGAAGCAUUGGCUCAAUGGCUGUCUUUUUGUGCUCUCAUGUAUGGCAAGAUGAAACAAGGAAACACCAUUUGUCAACUUCAUCGCUUCUGGGCUCAGACUCUAGAUUGCUUGCAGAGAAGCCAACCAUCAAUUGUUUUUGAUUCAUUCUUUCUUAAAGACCAACCAUCUCUCCUCCAGACAGCUCUUGAUCACCCACACCCUCCUAUUUCAAACUCUAGCAUUGCAUUUUGGAAUGCCAUAUAUGGUCAGAAAGGAUACAUGCAAUACCAUCAUUGUUUGCUCCCAGUGUUAAACAAAUUGUCAAGAAGUGGAAGAAUAAAUCUUCCAAAGAACAGCCGAGUUAUUCUUGCUAAAAAUGGCUGUUUGCUUAAAGAACCUAGAGAUGCAUCACACAAAUAUGGAGAGCCCAUGCUGCAGAAGAGGAACUCUGAACUAGAUAACGCAGAGGAUCCAGAGAAUGAUAAUGGACAUGUUGACAUUGUAAAUAUGGGUUUAAGAAGAAAAAGGCUGAAAAUGUCUGAGCACCAAAAGAAGCUAGCAGGACAUCAAGGAAGAGUUCAGGGUAUUCAUGGUCCUGGCCCUGGGAUGGAUGUGGGUUUUGGUCAGAAGUCUAAGCAUCCACUGGGCAAAAAAGAGCUUAGAAAGCCAGAGCACAUCUUAGAAAUGCUUAAAAGGGCAAGCUAACUGUAUGUUGUUAAUUCAAGCAUAUGAUGUCCUUGUUCCAUGAUCCCCAUCCUUCCCCCUCCCCCCGAGACACACACACAUGCACAAAAAGAGAGGUUAUUUGGCCUGGAAGCUAAAUGGGCUAUCAUAAUUGGCAAGCUAAAGAACCCUAAGGCUGGUUUAUCACAAAAAGAAUCUUGCCAAAGAACUCAAAGGCUGGUUGCUUAUAAAAAGAAGCUAAAGAUCUCGACUGUUCAGGUUCAAAUGUAAAAUAUAAAGGAGCUUUCAAAACUGGAAUCCUCAUCAAGAAUAGUGGCACCAGACUUCUGGUAUGGCUUGUUUUGAUUUUAUGUGGUUAUUUUCUAUCAUUUUACAUGGAUGCAUGAUUCAAAUUUUCAAUUAAAACCAAUGAUGGAGUAUCUAAUUAUUCAAUGAGCUUUUAUUUGGAAUCAUGCCAUCAAUAAUUCUACCUGCUUGAAUCAUGCCAACCAUAAAUUUUUCUUCAUGCAACUUAUAAUUUUACUAGAUUAACUAUCAUGAUUGGAAGUAGUCUAUAUACAUUAAUUGUAGAUGUGGAGGUUAAAGGUUGCUUUGUUUUCCUUUUCCUUUUCAUUUCCUAGCGUGCGUACAUCAAAUAGCCAAUACAUUUGCAUUUCCACUUACAGUCAUUGACCCAUGUGCCAAUUCCAAGUCUUGACUAGUUCAUUUGUUGAGCUGUAAACUAAGACUCGUGUUAAUGGGUAUCAGGUUAAUAUUAAAUUUUGCCAACAAUGAACUCUAGGGUUGUUUCUUGUUGCAAAUUGUAGAAAAAUGCAAUUUUAGUGAGAAGCGACACUAGAUAGGUUUCUUUAAUAAAACUACGAAAUUCUUGGAGCCAAAUCUUCUAUUUUUAAGAAUUUUUAAAAGAAUAUAAUACCAAACAAAAGAACAUGGUUUCAUCAGAUCACAGCCACGGGCCACCCUUUUGCCACCACCUCUACCUCCAUUGUAGGUGCUAUUGAUACCAUCACCCUCCCACUGCUGCAAUUAGUGCAGCUGACAUUAGACUGCAACUAACUCCUAUCUGCUACAGUUGAUGGAAGCAAGCAUAUGAUCAAGGUUAUAAAUCUUGUGGAACAAAGAUGUCCCGAUUUCUCCAUAGAACGGGAUGUCCUGUUGUCUCAUCCCAUCCAGACGGCAAUCUCGGUCAUGCAUCUUGGUGGAUAUCCUCUAUCUUUCUCUUAUUUUCUUUUAUUUCUUUCUCUUCUUUCUUCUUUUCUUUCUUCUCCUCUGUCUUUUUUCCUUUCUUUUUCUUUCUUUUUCUCCUCCCUUCCUAUUCUUUUUUUUUUUUUAAUUUUCUUCUUCUUCCCUUUCAUUUUUUUCUUCUUCUUCUUCAUCUUUCCUUCCUUCCCUUUCUUUCUUCCCUCGCUGCAUGGAUUGGUUUUGGUAUCUCAAGCCCAUCCUAGUCCCAUUUUUUCACAGAAACGGGAUGGGAUGAUAGGACGCCCCCCAUCCUGUCGGGACGUAAAAUCAUGGAUAUGACUACAGAGUGCAGUAUUAAUGGCAUUUGUUGGCUUUAAAGAGUGGAGAUCUCAUGAAGCUUGGACCUUUGGUUUGAUUUCUCCGCCGUGUUCCACCAAAAAUGUAAAAAACCCUUCAACUUGGGCUCAGCAAACCAUACUUCCCUCAGUUGAUAAAGAAAUGGAAGUGAUUGGUGCCUCGAAGAAGAUUCUGUCAGCCAGCUUCAUGUUGGCAUGCAAAUAAAGCAACUCUGACUUCAUGAUCAGCUCCUAUGCUUGCCAAUUGAAAGUCUGGAAGCUUGAAAAUUGAGAAAGGGCAUUCUGUUGUGCUCAGAUCAAAUUCAGUGGUUCACAUUCCUCAGCUUUCAAAAAACACCCCAUAUUGCCUGCAGGCUUCCAAAACAGUGUGUUGUUUGAUGCUUUUCUUUCAACCUGAAGACAGGAUGCAGGUGAUUGCAAGGAAUGUUUAUUCUCCAUGUUUUUCUAGGAAAGAUUAAGUGAGGAACUUAUUGAGCAGCAUUCUUGCAGAAUAUUUUGCAGCAAUAUCUAUAACUCUUGUUGCAUAAAAGAAUAUUAGUCUGAAGUCUGAAUUAUACAAAUUGGUAGUGAUUGUAUUAUUUCUGUAGUAUAGUUAAAUUUAUGUUGAUCUACUGCCCGGAGUAGUGUUUUUUUAA